ACUCAAUAGAACAGUUUGAAAGGGUCCUGACGUUUUAUUCGAGAGGAGGCUGAAGAUUGACGUGACGACUCGACCAUUGUCGUCAACAGAACUUAUAUUGAAUCUGACUCCAGAGGGAUGUUCGACCUACAACUAAAGUGACAUUUGCGAAAGAACGAAAUAAUUUUACAUCUCAUUACUUUUGUUUAUUUUCUUUCAAUUCAUGUCGAUUCUGUAUGCUGUAAAUUUUGUUCACUCAUUGUCUGAGGGUGAUCUUCGAACGAAGUUCAAAAUGGGUUGGUUUCUUUUACGAAAGCCUUAUCCGGGUUUAACUGAAGAGCAAAGAAUAGACAUACAUUCAAAUGAGUUACAUGUUGGUAGGGGAAGAGAGUGCUCUGUGCACUGUCUUAGCAUGUAUGUGUCUCGAAAGCAUUUAACAAUAAUCCCUAAAGAAGGUGGAAAUGUCUGUCUAAAAGAUCAUGGGUCUUCUAAUGGAACAUUUGUGAAUCAAACAAAAAUAACUCCUGGUGAGGAGUUUCCCCUGAAGGUUGGUGAUGAAAUUGGUAUUGGGAAUAUCAAUUGUGACAACAAAGACUGCUUUGUGUAUGAAGUACGGCAAGAAGAAGAUAGCACAAAUGGACAUAUAGAAAAUGUUAAAGGAAAUAGCAACUCUCCUGGAGUAAGGCAUUCAUUAGAUAGAGGACUGAAACGAUUUGCUACGGAGCCUGAAGUAGUUACUUUGGAUGAUGAUGAUGAUGAUAUUUUUCUUGAUGAUUGUGACUCUAAAAAAUCUAAAAAACCAAAAAUUGAUCAUGUGCAAACUUCAGUUCCUGAUUCAAAAAUGGAUUCUAGUUCAGCCAGCCUGUCCACAGUGUCCAUGGUUCAGAAUGAGUCUAAAGCUUGCACCAUUGAAAAGAAAAGUCCUGGCAUCAUUAAUUCUAUUUGUACUAAGGAAGAAAGCCUCACUAUGAAGGAAGCCAGUGUUGAUGAGAAACGCAACAUUGAAAAGAAAAGUCUUGACACCAUAAAUUCUAUCUGUUCUAUGCAAGAGAGUUUCACUAAAAAGAAAGUUGGUGCUGACGUGAAACCUAAUAAAAGUGAAAGUUCUUUGGGUUUAAAUACCUCAGCCAAUGCUCCUCAAAUGACAUCAGCUGAUAUGAAAUCUCAUUCUUUCAAAAUUGAUGAAAAAUCAAUGGAACCUGUGAAUUUUUCAAAAGGGUCUCUGUUGAAAGACAGUGCAACAAGCGAUAAGAUAAAAUUGUCUUCACCAUCGUCUGGGGAGCAAAUGUGCCCUCCUCCUCUUCCCGCGGCUUCUUCAAAUACUAUACCAGGGCGUUUUAGUUUGGACAAAAGCAUAACUAUGCCUAAAAAUCCUCGUCUUUCAUGUCUUAUGGAAGAUCGAUCUGACAUGUCAGCCGGAACUUUCAGGCUCUCUUCUCCAUCACUGACUGAGAGGGGUUCCUCGUCAUCUGCCUGCUCAACUCCCAACACUUCUAAGCAAGCCAACCAUGAAGAUGCCUUGCCAGUGCAGACAUCUACUCCCUGUGUUUCAAAAAUUGAGAAGCAAACAUCUACUUGUACAUCUCAAAGUGAAGCUGAUUGGUCACCCAUUGUGAAGGAUUCAUCCCGACAUAGUCAAGAUUCAUCUGCAAAUUAUACUCUAGAUGAACAAAUGAUACCUGUAGAUUCAAGUGAUGAUGAGGAUGAAGAGAUUUUCCCCUGUUCUCAGCUGUUUGCGGAAGAUGAUGAUGUGAAACCUGUGAUAGAAGAUUUACGGGAAGAAGCUGAUAUUGUAGACCUCUCAAUGGAGGAUGAGCCAGAAGAAAAUAAGAUUUCCAAUAACGAUGAACUAGAUGAGAUAGUCUUAUCUAGUGACGAAGAUGAAGAUGAUAUAGAAGAUGCAAACAGGUGGUACAUGAGGUUAUCGCAGUCCUUAGUGAAAAAGGAGCCUUUGGAAGACAAUCUAAAUGUCCCGGAGCAAAGUAAUAUUCUGGAAACUGAUGCCAGAGAAGAUAAUGAAAAAGAUAAGGACCCGAGACAUGAGGACCAGUUACAAGAUAUCUGGAAUAUUGAGUCGGAGGAGGAUGCUGAGAUGCCUCAGAUCAAAAAGAAAGUUACUGAUUUUCCUGGUGUCUGUAAGAUAGAGGAAUCGAAAGAACAGAAGAUAGCAAAGUCUGAAAUCAAGGUUGAACAUAAACCUAAAGAAGCAAAGGCUGAAAUCAAGGUUGAACAUAAACCUAAAGAAAAGUUAAAAGAGAAAUCUAAAGAUGAGCACAAGGACAGAGAAUCUGUGAAAGCUAGAGAAAAAGAGAGGGAAAAAGAAAGGGUUAGAGAAAAAGAUAGAAGAAGAGAAAGAGAGAGAAAGAGUGGAAAAGAGAAGAAGUCCUCCAAAGAGAAAGAUAUGAAAGACCUUGAACAUAGGAAAAAAAAGGAGCAGCAUAGAACAAAAAGUACGGACACCAACACUGAAAAACACAGGUCUCAUAUUAAUAGCCAUUCUUUUAAACAAGAACUCAAAAAUAAAAACGAGUUUACACAAAGUGCGAAAUUGAGAGAAAUGUUUCCAGACAGUGAUUCAGAUGAAAGUAUGGAUAAUUAUCCAGAAAGUUCCCAUAAGGAUGAUUCAAAAUCUCCACCUCCUUCAGAGGAGAUAGCCCUUGGUAAUAUAAGUAACGAACAUCCUCAGCCACUAGUGACUCUCACAAGAAUAGAGGAUGAUCCCAAAACAUGUGAGCGCUUUGGUCUUGUCUCUUCGGAUAGUCCCAGUGGUUCUCCUCUUCAAAAAAAGAAGAGCACCAGACAAAUUGAGUUAGUACCUGCUUUACCAAUGCCCCCCCGAAGAGCAAUCAAUCGUGGAAUAAGCAGUACCACAGCACUUAAAAUGUUCGAAGGUGAUAAACAAAAACCUCUAGAUUCUAAAGUAAGUAAAUCAGUACAGCCUAAAGACAAGAAGGCUUUAAGGAAAGAAAGGCUUGCAGAAGUUGCUGCUCAAAAUGCAUCUAAAGACAAAGGGAACUCAGAAUCAAAAAGAACUGCACCAGCCAAAAUUAAGGUCACUUCAUCCAACAGAGGGUCUUUCUUAGUUGACAAUGAUGAGUGUUCUCCUGCAAGCAGACCAAAAAGUCGUCGUGAUAUACGAAGUAUCAAGAUUCCUAAACUAAAGAAUAAACCAGCAAUCCAUCUCCCUACCAAGUCUCCAUUACAAGAUAUGAAUAUGUCUUGGGAUAAGAGCAAGCCAGAGGAGUGUGCACUUCCUGAACCUGUUGAAAUUCCUACUGGCCCUCAACCCAAAAAGCGAGUAGCUCAAGUUCCCCCUCCUGGAUUUUAUGGUGAUUCAUCUUCAAAGCCGAUAGCAGAUCUCCCUCCGCCUCCAAACAAAUCUUGCUUGUCUGGAUCGUCAAAGCAUAAUAUUGCUUUAAAUGAAGCAAAACCAAUCCCUGUUCAGAAAAGGGUUAGAUUCAAAGAAAAUCUUGUUGAGUAUCGAGAAAUUGAGAGACUGCCAAAUACAAGACCAGUCGGGUCUUCCAUGGAUGCUGAUAGACCAAAGCCCAUGAGUCAGGUUUCUUUGGCUGCUCCCCCCAUGCCCUUCAAGGCACCAGUUAUGCCCUCUGAUGAAAUAGUCUUGCAAGAUGUCAUCUAUGAUAUUUCCAAAUGGAAUCCUCUGUGGCUUAAGGAAGAAAAAAAUUUGCCUGCUGAUGUAUCUCCCCCAGUAGUAUCAAAUAUGGAUUUGCCAACAAUACCUAAAACAGAAUUUUUAGAUUUUAAAGAGUAUCAUGACACAAUGUAUCCACUUCUUAUGUUGGAGUUGUGGAAUGGCGUUUCUAAACAGUACAAUUCUAAUGAAUCAAGGAAAAACAUGAUAAUGGCAGUUGAUAGUGCUACCUCAUCUGCUGUUUAUCAUAGGCCAGACAGAAUGUUAACAACCCUGCACUGUCAUAUGAUUGUGGAUGAAAGAGGUGGAACAGACCAUCCCAGACUUGGAAAUUUGGUGGUCAUUGAUCUUUGUUUAAAGGAUCCUGCAGACAAGUUAGUUGUUAUCCCUGUAUUUGGGUAUGUGUCAUUUGACUCCAAAGAUCGUCUUCGACAGUCUGAUCAAGUUCACAAAGAUCUAGUAACGCAUUGCCAUAAACCAGCAUAUAAAAUACGCUUUUCAGUUAUGAUUAGAGAGCGCAAAAAUUGCACAUUCAAUAAAGGGGUUAUGCGUGUUAAAAAUGUUAAAUAUAUUCGGGGUGACCUACGGGUCUUUCAAGCAAUGAAAAAUCUUGAAUAUAUGCCAUUACAGUACAGCAUUAUUUCGCCCUCGGCAGCAAAUGAAGAUUUCACUCUUCCAGAAAUAAACAGCAAUCUAGCAUAUCCUGAGCAAUUAAACGAGACCCAAGUAAAAGUUGUCUUGAAAACAGCUGCAGUUUGUCAAGAAGUUAAACCCAAAAUAUGCCUCAUACAAGGUCCACCAGGAACUGGUAAAUCGCAUGUUAUAGCUAGCCUUGUGAUGCAGUUAUUGUAUAGAGAUAGCAUCUACUCUAAAGCAAACAGAGAAAAAGGCUUGGUCCCCAGAGUUUUGGUUUGUGCACCCUCUAACAAUGCAGUUGACCUGUUAGUUCGAAGGUUGCUACGAAAGAGAUCAAAACUAGAUAAAAGCCUCCGCUUUAAGAUGGUGCGUGUUGGCCAACCUCAAUACAUGCAACAAGAUGUAAAAGGUGUGUCCCUUCAAGAACUUGCCAAGGCUGACGUAGAGAAACAAGAUAAAACUGCCACACAUAACGUUGAUAUUGAAAGCUUGAAAGCAAAGCUCCGAAGCCUUGAAGAUGUUAUAGAAAACUUAAGGCUGAAAGACAAAAAUAUACCUCAAGAAUUGACAUUCCGUCAAGCUGACAUUCUUCGAAAACUGAGAGUUCUUGAAGACAGAAGCAAACAGCAAAGUCAUGCUGCCCAAAACUCUUCCAGACAAAAUUUUGCAGUUGAGCGUGCAGCCAUGACGAAAAUCCUGAGAGGUGCUGACAUUGUUGCCACAACUCUCAAUUCAUGUAUGAUUAAAGUUAUGGAGAAUGUUUUUCCACCAGUAUAUGAUCAGGGAAAAUACCACUUCCAGGUGUGUAUAGUAGAUGAAGCUACACAGUGCUUAGAAGUUGAAACCCUUAUUCCACUGUUGCUAGGGGUGAAAACUUUGGUCUUAGUUGGAGAUCCUAAUCAACUUCCAGCAACAAUAUUGUCAAAGGUUGCUCGAGAGAAAGGAUUGGGAACAUCUUUAUUUGCAAGACUACAGAAAAUCUUUCCACAAGCCCCUCAACUUCUCGACACACAGUAUCGUAUGCAUCCUGAAAUUUUGAGAUGGCCCAACAAAUUUUUCUACAACAGACGAUUAAAAACACCUGAGAGUCUGUCAUUUUGCCGGGACUCUAAAGUUAUCCCAUAUGCUGUUCUAAGUCUUCCAUUUCAACAAGAUAGACAAGGGGAGGUUAAUGUUGAUGAAGCUAAAUUGGUUCUACAAUUAGCUGAAGUAUUGAUAAAUAAAAAAGUUAUUGCUACAGAGUUUAAGGUGGGUAUAAUCACACCUUACCAAAGUCAAAGGAGGACAAUCAGUUCUAUGCUCCAAGAGAGAGCAUACCGUGACUUGAUUGAAGUAAAUACAAUUGACAGCUACCAAGGCCAAGAAAAAGAUGUCACUAUAAUUUCUUGUGUCCGGACAAACGGUGUUGGAUUCCUUUCGGAUCGCCAGAGAAUUAAUGUGGCGUUGACACGCGCUAAAUAUGCCGAGUUCAUUUGUGGCAAUUUUUCAUCAUUAGACAGGGAUAAUAUGUGGAAUAAUUUAUUAACAGAUGCUAGGCAACGAAAUUGCUUCCACGAAGUAAGAGGCCACUGUGAAAAUGAAGUGCUAUGGAAUUAUGUUCGUCGAAAACCUUAAAGAUAGCAGUUUUUUUGCCUAGCUUCUUUUAAGGCCUUAACAAGAACUAUGUACCUAUUUCAUUCUGUACUUCCGUCUAUUUAUUUUUAUGCUAAUUUUACUUUUUGUAAAAUUAUGAAUCAUUAUUUAUCAUUAUGUCUAAUGAAUUCCUGUGAACUUGAUCUCUUGCAUGUUUCGUUUUAUGCUCAUGCAAGAAAAUGUUUUUGAGCAUCUACAGUACUAUUACUCCUUGAUGUUACAGUUUCAUUUAGGUAAAAGAUGAGUGUUUGACGUGCUUGAUUAGAGAAACUGUCUUCUCUUUGUGAGAAGUGUCGAGUGAAACCUCGUUAGUGCGAACCCCGUUGUAACAUACACCCGCCUAUUACGCAAUAUUUUCGCUUCACUGCUGCAUUUAGAUUUUUUUAAAGGUAAAUUACGCUGUUACGACGUGAGCCACUACUGCGUGAUCCCGCUUAGAAUACUUUUUUGCUUUGAAGAAAGUGGAAAAAUCAAAGAGUUCUUAUUUUAUUAAAUGAACAAAACGCUGACUGAAAACCAAUGUUGUUUGCGGCAAGACUACUGAGCACGGACGGCUCCCUUUCUAAGCCUAUUAUCUUUUGGAAAGUCUCCAGAAACUAAAUGCAAUCAAUUUCCCCCUGCAAAAUCCUGUACUCAACGUAUUAUUUUACGUUGUUACGCGGUCUUUGUUAAAGCGUGAUCCCGAUUGUAACGUAUAACGGUGAAUCUGCACGGACCGAUUCGCACUAACAAGUUUCAAUGUGCUUUUAAACUCAGGUUCAAGAAAGGCUGUGCACCACAUAAUUUCCUUAUACCUAUAUUGAAUUUUGAUACCAGUGGAAAGGUUCUAGUCUGUAAAAGAACAGUCUUUUAAUCAAACAAAAUGUAAGUGUAAGUUUUGUAUAUUUUUCUAGUUAUUUAAAUAAAAGCCUUUUAUGGAGAAA